GGUGGCAGUGAUGUCAGAGGCCUUGCACCCUUUCCCAACAGUCGAUGUUCCUGACCACGCCCACUACACCAUCGGUUCUGUUAUCCUAGCCAUCGGCAUCACUGGCAUGGUCGGCAACUUCCUGGUCAUAUAUGCCUUCAGCAGGAGUCGCAGCCUGCGGACACCAGCCAACAUGUUCAUCAUUAACUUGGCCAUCACAGACCUCCUCAUGUGUGUCACCCAGACACCGAUCUUCUUCACCACCAGCAUGCACAAGAGGUGGAUCUUUGGAGAGAAAGGUUGUGAGGUGUACGCGUUCUGCGGCGCUCUCUUUGGAAUCUGCUCCAUGAUGACACUGACUGUGAUCGCUGUAGACCGCUACUUCGUCAUCACGCGACCCCUGACUUCCAUUGGAGUGUUGUCACAGAAACCCCUGCUGGUCCUGAUGGUGGCCUGGACCUACUCUCUGGGCUGGAGCCUGCCACCGUUCUUCGGCUGGAGUGCGUAUGUUCCUGAGGGCCUGCUGACCUCCUGUACGUGGGACUACAUGACCUUUACCCCCUCUGUGCGGUCCUACACCAUGCUGCUCAUCGUCUUCGUCUUCUUCCUGCCGCUCUUCAUCAUCAUCUACUGCUACGUCUUAAUCUUUCGUGCCAUUCGCACCACCAACCAAGCCGUGGUGAAGGUCAGCGGCAGUGUCCAUGGUCACGGCGCCAGUCGGGACUCAGCGAAGAGUUUCCACCGUCUGCAGAAUGAGUGGAAGAUGGCAAAAAUCGCUCUGAUUGUCAUCCUGCUCUACGUUAUCUCCUGGUCACCGUACUCCACUGUCGCGCUCACUGCCUUGCCGGGUAAAACGUAUGCAGACAUGUUGACGCCCUACAACUCUGUGCCUGCCGUCAUCGCCAAGGCCUCCGCCAUCCACAACCCCAUCAUCUACGCCAUCACACACCCAAAGUACAGUAAUACGAUAGCGUUAGCUAAGUACAUCCCCUGCCUCGGCACCCUGCUCUGCGUUCGUCCUCGUGAUCUUCACUCAGCGAGCAGCAGCUUCAUGUCCACGCGGCGCUCGACCGUCUCCAGCCAGACGUCCAACGUCAGCAGCCAGUUCCACCAUCAAAGCAUCCGCAAGUCCCACCUCUCCUCCGUCUCUGACAGCGAAUCGGGUUUAACCGACACUGAGGCAGAUUUGUCCAGUUUGGGCUCCAGACCCAGCCGCCAGGUGUCCUGUGACAUCAGCAGAGACACCACAGAGCUGCCGGACUUCAAUACUCAUGCAGCUUCAAGACCAAGUAAGAGCCACGACUCUGGCAUCUUUGAGAGGAUGUCAUAUGACACUGAUAUCUCCAUGGCAACGGGCAGUGAGCGCAGCAGCGCCCUAAACCACGGAGACUUCAGCGAUGGCCACGUGGCUCAAGGUCCCGUAGGUCGGAUUCCCAGCAUCGUGGUCACCACAGAGUCCAGCCCCUUCCUCUAUGGCCGAAAUAGCUCACGCUCCGUCCGCACUAAGGCAGCCAAUAGCAGCAUGGGGCGGGGCCAGGAUAGGACGUACCUGUGUCUGAAGAAUGGCGCAGCCUGCACCAUCGACCGGCUCACGUUAGGAACAUAGAAAAUUUAGCUUUAGCGUUCGUGUUUUCAAACCUUGAAGAGAACCAAGUGAACCAGUUGGUUCCGGUUCUUCAAAACCUGGACCUGUUCUCUGUUUUAUAAAUCACACACACACAAAUUGUAAUUUACUGCUCAUCUUCCUUCAUAUCUUUUGGUGUUUCACAUGUUUUGGGUCAAACAAAGUUUGAACUGUUUCGUGGUUCAGCGUCUUGCUCAAAGACACGCCGGCACUCGGCUGUGACUGAGGAUCGAACUCGCAGAUCCCUCAGUUCACCUGCCAUGAAAUUAUUCAUCAAUUUACAUAGAAAUAUUUGCCAGUAACUUUUAAGUGUUUCUCUUCGGCUUUUGUAGUUUUUGUGACAUUUUAUUGAUUUAAAGAAUGAUCAAUAAUCUGCAGAUUAUUGGGUAAUUAUUAUUGAUCAUUGAUCUGAUGUUUAUUUCAUUAAUUCAGAAUCUGAAGUUUUGGGAUUUAUUUCCAAUUUGAUGAAGUAAAGGUUUGCUGACUUUAGUUGAUUUGUUAAAGCUUUCAAAUAUUUCUCAUGUCAUUAUAAAUUAAAUUAAUGAUGAAUUUAUAUCAUUCAAGCA